AUGUUUGACGAAGACUCGGCAUCAGAACAGGAUGAGAACAAACCAAGGACGCUAUUCGAGGAGAGAAAACGUCUCAUGCAGGAACGAAUUAAUAGUGUGAAGCAAAGUAUGCUUAAUUUGCGCAUUAGAUUGCGUGAAACUACCACUGAAGUGCACCGUAUAUUCGACCGCGUUACGUAUUUGCAAAACAUCGCAGAUCAAGAUGCGGAAAAUUUGAUAAUCGAGUUGGAAGAAUCACGAAGAAUCCGCCAAAAAAAGAUUCUCGAGAACAGAAUUCUUCUGGAAAGAUCGAAGUGCAUCUUGGAUGAAUCCUUGAGUCUGCUGGCGAAAUUUGAAGAAUUUGUUAUAAAUGGUCGUGAGCGGCAGCAGUCUCCUUCAUUAUCCUCGGCAUUAACAAAUGACAACAAAAAUUAA